GCUUUCUGUGUCGAGGGGAGAAAAAACUUGACUUUCUUUAGUGCUGUGUGCACUGAACACUUAUUCAACGUUUGCUUCAUCUCUAUUGCUUUUAAUCCACAACUUCACUUUGCCAAAUUCAAAACAACUAAUUGACUGAUAAGACAUUAAUUCCAUCAAAACUGUUGGAUUAGACCUCAUUCGUCGCAGAGCAUAUGCAAUCACAGAGAAAGGAUGUGCUUCCUCCUCAACAGCUCGUUCUACAGAUAAUGCUUAGCCACAUCCAAACCAAUAAAUUGGCUGCUAAAGGUUUUGUUUCAAUUAGAGCUUCUGGAUGUUCUCGGUGAAGCGUUGGCCCUCAUUAAGCUUAGAACAUGCCCAAUUACAGAGAAAGGAUGUGCCGCCUCUUCUUACAGUUCUAUUUGCUGAUACUGUUUUUUUCUCAUAACAAUUGUCAGAAUGCUAAUGCUUUCAGUCAUCAUUCUUUCCACAUGGAGGAAGUAACCAUUCCACAAAUUCAAUCAGAAUUCCAGGCAGGCAGGCUUAAUUCAACAAGCCUUGUACAAUUCUAUCUCCACCAUAUUAAAAAACUUAACCCACAACUCCAUGCUGUUAUUGAAGUGAAUCCUGAUGCUCUACUGCUGGCUGAGAAAGCAGAUGCAGGGAGGGUAAGUGCAGGAGGAGUUCUCCUUGGUAGUCUCCAUGGAAUCCCUGUACUAGUCAAGGACAACAUUGCUUCCAAGGAUAAGCUCAACACCACUGCAGGCUCCUUUGCCCUCUUGGGUUCGAAGGUCCCAAGAGAUGCAGGUGUUGUAUCGAAGCUCAGGAAGGCAGGAGCUAUAAUUUUGGGCAAGGCUAGCUUGAGUGAAUGGGCGAAUUUCAGGUCUUUCAAUGCACCCGAUGGAUGGAGCGGCAGAGAAGGUCAACCUAAGAAUCCAUAUGUGUUUACAACUGAUGUGUGCGGAUCAAGCACUGGAUCAGCAGUGGGAGUGUCAGCAAACAUGGUAGCAGUGUCAUUAGGGACGGAGACGGAUGGCUCAAUUCUCUGCCCAUCUAGUCUCAACAGUGUUGUGGGAAUUAAGCCUACAGUUGGACUUACUAGCAGGGCCGGAGUGAUUCCCAUUUCACACACACAAGAUACUGUGGGACCAAUUUGCAGAACUGUAACAGAUGCCGUUUACUUAUUAGAUGAGAUUGUUGGGUAUGAUGUUUACGAUCACAAAGCUACAAGGAGUGCAGCUCAGUUUAUUCCGAAAGGUGGGUAUAAGCAAUUCCUCAAGACAGGAGGGCUCCAGGGAAAGAGGCUGGGUAUAGUUCGAAACCCGAAUUUAUCACCUGCAUCCGCGGUAGCAAUAUCUUUUGAGAAGCAUCUAGCAACUAUGAGGAAGAAAGGGGCAACUUUAGUGGAAAACCACAUUUUCAGUAAUUUUUUGAAUUUAGGCGGCGAUGCUGAGGAAAUUGUGCUAGGAUACGAGUUCAAACAUGAUCUAAAAAUCUACCUUUCAGGGCUCUUGCAGUCUCCUGUUCGCACAUUAGCUGACAUCAUCUCCUUCAAUAAACAACAUCCUAAGGAGGAAAAACUUUCUGAGUAUGGACAAGAGAGAUUCCUCCAGUCUCAGAACACAUCUGGCUUGAAAGCACAGCCUUAUAAAAAAGCACUAAAGAUAGAUCGCAUGCUCACAAAAACUGGAAUUGAAAAGGUAUUAAAAAGCUAUAAACUACACGCUCUGGUGUCCAUGAAUCUUCAGAUUUCAAGUGUUCUAGCCAUUGCAGGAUAUCCUGGUAUCAGUGUACCUGCAGGCUACGAUACAAAGGGGGUUCCCUUCGGCAUAAUUUUUGGAGGAGGACGAGGCUCAGAGACCACUCUCAUUGAGAUUGCCUAUGCUUUUGAACAGGCAACUAAAGUGAGGAAGGUUCCUUCGUUGAGCACACAAAGAAACUAUUAGUUCUCUUUUCUUUAGAAAAUAUAGCAAAAUUCCUUACAUCGACAAAAGUGUCCAAGCUUCCCUGGCGUCAUUAUUAUUUCCAAUGUCUGCCCCAAUGAGAAUUUUUAUUUUGUGCAGGCUGGCUGCUUAAGAUACAAUAAAUAAAUUGGCACACUCUGUAACUAGCAUUACUUAUAAACUUUUAUAUAAGUUCAACUAGAUUUUGCCUCCA